AUGACAAGAUGGAAGAGUUCUUCAUCAGGAAAGAAUAGAAUGAUACAAAUCGAAGUUAAAGGAAAAUCAAAAAUUAAAGUUAACUCUAAAAAAGGGAAAAUGCCGAUUACUAUUGAUUUUGGAGAUGGCUCAACCCAAUCACCUGAUUCGAAUGAUGAGGAAAGAACGAAAAAAGGUAAAUACAAAAAGGUAUCUUAUACCAAACCUAGAUAUGAAUUUGUUCAUCGCAAAAUUAAUAAAGUAAAUCAUAAAAAGAAACUUCGACGACCUAGACUUCGUAAAAGGAAAUGUGUGCAUAUUGAUUAUAAUGAAGAAACAGACAAUGAUAGUGGCGAAGAUGAGGUAGAAGAGGAACAAGAUGAUGGUGAACAAGAUGAGGUAGAAGAUAAUGUCCAAGAAGAUGAGGCAGAAGAUAAUGUCCAAGAAGAUGAGGUGGAAGAAAAUGUUGAAGAAGAUGAGGUAGAGGUGAAUGUUGAUAAUGAACAAACAGACAAUGAAGUAGAGGAUCUUGGAGAAAAUGAUCUGGAAGAGGAUAGUAAUUGGGAAGAAGAAGAGGAAGCACAAAUUGUUGAUGAAGCAGAAGAAAGCACUGAAUUAGAAAGUUCAGAUUCAAUUGAAGUAGAGGAGGGAUGUAUCAAUGAAGAAGAGGAAGUAGAUGUCACACCCCGCCAAAUCAUUUUGGCGAGUUAUGACUACAAAGGAUCAUAA